AUGUGCCUUGAGGGGUAUCAUGAAGUUCAUGUACAUCAAGAGAACGACUUCUUGCUCGUUCACCGCCAACAUCCUGGAUCACAGAAUGGCUACCUCUUGAUCUCUCGUACUGCUUUCCCUGGCCAAGGAACAGGGCACUCCCCCAUACGUCUUCGUCGAUCAACUGUUGAUUUUGAAUUUGCUUAUUCUCUAAAAGUUGACAGCAAGACGUUGCCUGAAAUAGAAGUCGUUCAGAAUGAAGACGAAAAGGGCCCAUUUGCUGAAAUCAUACUUUCGGACAGAUUUACCCCAGGCUCCAUUUGCGUUGUCAGGACAUCCAUAGGCAACAAGUAUGCAGAGAUAAAUGAACUUGUGACAAAGAUGGAUGAUGACGUUUUCAAGAAUAUGAAUUUGACUGAUUGUAACGUUGUUCUCUACCGCUGUUCAAGUGAAGAAAUUGCAGCUACUUCUGGGGAUAGUGUCUAUGUGGUGCCUAAUUUUGGAGAGCUUGUCUAUGCUGGUUUACAGGGAUUCAUGUCUGUCCUGAGACCUAUCAUGGCUAACAAUGACUUGGGCCACCCUCUCUGUGACAACCUUCGUGCUGGUCUUUGGGCCGUAGACUAUAUCAUUCAUCGCUUGAGAGUCCAUCUGAAGCAUUACCCAAACCUAGCUUCCUUGAUUAACUGGUUCGAAAGCAGAGCAACAUUGCUGCAUAGCCUUCCCGAUUUCCUGGUACCCAAGUAUUUUGCAUUGACUGUCCAGACAGCAUACGACAAAAUAUACGCACACGCUCUAAGCCUCAUGUCGCCACUCGUUCAGCAAGGUGAUAAAUUUAUCAAGCAAUUGGCCAUGACAAGUGUUCAACUUUACGGCAUUGUGCCCAAUGCAGGUCUAAGUCCAACCGAGUCUACAGCUUCCCUGGCGGCUGGUCUGCCCCACUUUACUGUACAGCAUAUGAGAGUCUGGGGUCGCGAUGUCUUUAUCUCUCUGCGUGGCCUCCUGAUUGUUACCGGCCAGUAUGAAGCAGCCAAGAACCACAUCAUUUCUUUUGCUGGUUCUCUUCGCCAUGGUUUGAUACCUAACCUGCUUGACUCUGUAAGAUAUCCUCGCUAUAAUUCCCGUGAUUCCGUUUGGUUCUUUUUGCAAGCCAUUCAAGACUACUAUAGACUUGCUCCCGACGGAAAAUCUAUUCUACAAGUCAAGGUUCCUCGUAGGUUUCCCAAGGACGACCAGUUUGUCGAGGUUGAGGAAGGAUACAGGUACUCGGUGACUAUUGCUGAGCUUGUACAAGAAAUUAUGGAACGUCAUGCUCGCGGUAUUCAUUUUAGAGAACACAAUGCCGGCCCAUCUAUAGAUUCACAAAUGACUGACGAAGGAUUUAAUAUCGAUAUCGAGGUCGACUGGAAUUCUGGUGUGCUAGUCGGAGGCAACGUUUGGAACUGUGGCACCUGGAUGGACAAGAUGGGAGAGUCACCUAAAGCAGGAAACAAGGGACACCCUGGCACACCUCGUGAUGGUGCACCUGUGGAAAUUACAGGUUUGCUCAAGAGCACCUUGCGCUGGAUCAACGAGCUAGUGGCGCGAAAGGAGUUCAAAUGGACUGGUAUUGAUCAUAUUGGACAAGAGAACAAGACAAUUACGUAUAAACAUUGGAACGAUCUUUUGCAAAAGAACUUUGAAAGAGUUUAUUAUAUUCCUCUGGACGCUUCCAAGGACAGCAAUUACGAUCUAAUCACCAAGAUUGUCAAUCGUCGUGGAAUCUACAAGGACGUAUACAAGGCCACUCAUGCCUAUACUGAAUAUCAGUUCAGACCAAACUUUGCUGUUGCCAUGGCCGUCGCUCCUGAGCUCUUUGACAAGGAACAUGCUAAAGAGGCUAUCCGGCUUGCAAAGAAUGUCCUGGUAGGACCCCUUGGUAUGAGAACACUGGACCCAGCCGAUCAGCAGUAUCGUCCUUACUAUAAUAACUCGGAAGACUCUGAGGAUUUCCAAACAGCUAAAGGUAGAAACUACCACCAGGGACCCGAAUGGCUUUGGCCACUUGGUUACUUUUUACGCGCUGCAACUUACUUUGAUGCCAUAUCACAGCAGGAUAUUGCUCGCAUCAUGCGUCAGCAUCGUAAAUAUAUUGAAGAAAACGUUUGGUGUGGUCUACCGGAACUCACAAAUAAGGAUGGUGCAUUCUGUGCUGAUUCUUGUACUACCCAAGCUUGGUCGGCUGCUACAUUAUUAGAUUUACUUCAUGAUUUGAUUGAAGGCGUAUAA